AUGUGUAUUUGUAUCAGCAAUUGUGCUAUUAACAUUACAAAAAUAACCAAAGCAUUUUUAAAUAUAAAUGAAAAAAAAUAUAUAAGGACAGGAAAGUUUAAUGAUUUGGUAUGCAAAAAAAAAAUCCUAAAUGAGAGUAUUGAAAAUAAAUUAAACGAAGUAAGUAAACAGGAUAUAAAUCAAGUCAACAUUUUAAAGCUAUUUAGUAUUGAUGAAAUAAAAAGUGGGAUACCGAGGAGGUACAACAAAAGGAAAACGGGUUCUAUUCAUGAGAGUAAAAAAAAUAAUGAAAAUCGUGAAAAAUAUGAAAAUGAAACAUUGAGCAAUAUUAAUAAGCCUGCUGAUAACUGCAAUAGCAUAAGAAAAGUGUGUGCGAAUCAAAAUAAAAUUAUUUUAAAAAAAAAUGAUAAUACACAAAAUAGUAUAAAAAAUUAUGUAGAAACAGAAUUUUUUUAUGAAAAACAUCCAAAUUUUAUAGAAGAUAAAAAUAGCCAUAUUGUUAACAAUAGGUAUAACAUCAUGGCUUCGAAAAAAAAAAGCAAUAAAAAAAACUAUAAUCAAUAUGUAAUACUCAAUAAAUUAUUUAGAAAAAAAUAUAUAUGCAUUGAAAAUAACAUUAAACUUGUAGAUAGCUAUAUUAAUAAGAAGUAUCAUAUAGAAGUGAAGAAGAGGAAUAAUAAUCAGAAUGGGCAAGCAAAUAGUGACACAAAUGAUAAUAAUGUCUUUAAUUAUUCUGAAGAAAGAUCUAUACAACUUUUGGACGAAAUUAAUGAAAAAGACAAAUUCCAAAAUAAGAAACAAGACAUUGACAAUAAAAAAAAUAACAAUAACGAAUUACAAAUAAGUUCCGUGGAUUAUGAGAAUAAAAAUAGAAUUAUAAAAAAAAUAUAUAAAGCAUCAAUUAAUCAUGUUAGAGAUGAAAAUUUAUGGAAAAAAUAUGUUCAGAAUGUUUUCACUAUAUCCGCAUAUUUAGAUGCAAGUGAAAUAGUAAUUUUAUUUUGGUGCUUUAGUAAAAUUGGAUAUCGAGAUAAUCGAUUAAUAAAUUUAUUAAGUUCUAUUAUUUUAAAAAAAAUAAAUGAAUUAAGUUGUUGUGCAUUAUCACUUUUAUUAAACAGUUUUAAAAAAUUAGAAAUAAAAAAAUAUGAUACUAUAGAAUUAUUAACAAAUCAAUUUUGUUUUCAUGUAUCGAAUUGGAAAUUUCAAGAUAUAGCUCUAGUAGCAAAUUCUUUAGCAUUUUUUUAUAUAUAUCAUAAAAAUUUUUGGAAAAAAUGUAUAUUAAAAUUACAGCAAAAUUAUAACUUUUCACAUCCAUUGCAUUUGUGUUUAGUUAUUUCUUCAUUUGCUAGACUAGAUAUUAGAGAAGGUAAUAUAUUAUUAUGUUUAUUUCGAUCUAGUAAAAAACUUGCAAGUUAUUUCUCUCCAAAUAAUUUAGCUUUAGUUAUUCAUUCUUUUGCAAAAUUAAAAUUUAACCAUCCCCGAUUUUUUAAUUAUCUGUAUCAGUUUGUUCAUAAAUAUUUAGACAAACAAUUAUUAGGAAAACAGAAAAAAGGAGAUGAAAAAAAUGACGAAGAAAAUUUUGAAAAAAAUAAUGAAGCCACUAAUGAUAAUUACAAAUAUGAAUAUCCUAAAUUAAAUGAACAAAAUAAGUUGUUUGAUUUGCAAUCCCUCGUUUUGCUACUUUUUUCAUGUACUUGCUUAAUUUCAUGUACUGAACAAAUGAUCCUAAAGCUUACUUAUUUAAUAAUCCCAAAUCAAAAUUUUUUAGGAAAUCAUAAAAUAGACAAAUUAAAAUACGUAAGUGAUUAUUUGCAAUAUUUUUUUCCUUUGACAUUUGAAAAAUUUCCUGAAGAAAUAAAAAAAUUUUAUUAUUAUAUUGAUAGAUAUGAAAUAAAAAAUAAAAAAAAAUUAAAAUAUAAUGCACGAUGGAUAACUGAAGUAUCAAGAAUUUUAACAAAAAUAAAUGUUAAUCAUUUAAGAAAUGUAUAUAUAAAUAAUAUAUGUGCAGAUAUAAUGUUACCCGAUUCUAAUAUAAUAAUUAUGUGCUUAGGCCCUUAUAGUUAUUAUGUAAAUUCUUUAUUAACCACAUCUAUAUCUGAUUUAAAAAAAAAUAUUCUUGAAAAAAAAAAAUAUAAUGUAAUUACUCUCAAUUAUCAUGAUUGGAAUAAAUUAAAUGAUUAUGAAGAUAAAAUUAACUUUCUUUAUAGUUUUGGGCGUAAUGCUGCUAAUUAUUUUUUUUUUAAUACGACAAAAGAUAUAGAAAAUAAUAUAAACCCAAAUAUGUCUCUAAAAAAUGUUGAAAAUUCUGAAAGCUGGGAAAAUGACCAAAGUAUAAAAAAAUAUUCUUAUGAACUUUGUCAAGAACAAGAAAGUGAAAAUAACUUUUCAGACGAAGAUAAUGAAAUAAUUGAUUUUAUAAAAAAGGGUAUUUGCGUUAAUGACCAAAAAGAAAAUAUAGAUUCCUAUGACGUCAAUGAUAUAAAAUUUUUUUUGAAUAAUACCCCGAACCAUGAAAAAUAA